CCCUCCCCGCUCUGCUGAGAUUUGCAGCUGGACCAGCGCUCAGCGAGCUCUCUCCAUCCUUGCAGGAUGUAGCCGCUGCGAUGCCAGCCGCAGCAUCCCCGGGGCUGUAGACAACCGGCUCCCCCCACCCUUGCCCUGACCCUCCCCUUCCCUCCGAUCCCCUCCUGAGGGGGGCAAAUCAGGCCGAGGAAGCUCCCCCUCCUUCUCCUCCUCCUCUCGACUGGAUCCGGGCCAAGAGAGAGGGAGAGAGAGAGAGAGAGAGGGACCCGCAGUUCCACCCCACGCUUCAUCUUCUCCCCGCAGCGGAUUCCCUCACCUGCCUCCCUCCUCCCCACCUCAGUCUCUCCUGGGUUCUAGCAUGGCCUGAAACUGCAACACUAGGGGAGAAGCCUUGUAUGGUUUCUUAGCAACGGCAGGAUGCACUCCCACCCAUUUGGGGCUGAUCUGGAAGUGGUUAAGGAGCAUGUCAUCCAGUUACUAGGCAGCUGCAAAGGACUUUGUUUAAAGAUUCGAAUUCCCAUUCAGUCAACUCCGCCAACCAGAAGCAAGAGAAGGGAGGAGAUCCAAGUGCAAGCAUGACCAGGGCUGUGUGUGCUAAAAUAAGCAAAAUUCUGCAUCCAGGUUCUCUUUCUGCAGUGGGGAGACCUGUGGCGCCACACUCUGACAAGGACUUCUCCUCUGCCUCUUCCAUGGCUUGGUCCCCUGGCUGGCCUCUAUAACACUUUGUGGCCCCUCCAUCUGGGGCUCUGUAGGAUGAACAGAGGACACCACUGUGACUGAGCAGGUUUCUCCUUCUGUCUACCAGGCUGACCUAGCCCAAGGCAACUCUUCACCCCCUGCUCCCUUUCCCCACACCUUUGCCCAGCAUAGCUCAGCUCAGCUGCAGCUUCACCUCCACCAUGGGAGACAUGGCCAACAGCUCCGUGGAUUUCUACCCCAAAAGCCAACAGCGAGAGUUGAACCAUGCGGGCGGCUUUGGCUGCACCCUGGCGGAGUUGCGCUCCCUCAUGGAGCUGCGUGGUGCCGAGGCGAUCCAGAAAGUCCAGGAGACCUACACCGAUGUCCAUGGGCUCUGCAGGAGGCUCAAGACCUCCCCCACUGAAGGCCUCUCGGACAACACAGCUGACCUGGAAAAGAGAAGGCAGAUCUACGGACAGAACUUCAUCCCCCCAAAGAAGCCUAAGACCUUCCUGCAGUUAGUAUGGGAGGCCCUCCAAGAUGUGACAUUGAUCAUUCUUGAAAUUGCUGCCAUAAUCUCCCUGGGGUUGUCUUUUUAUGCUCCACCAGGCGAAGAAAGUGAAGCCUGCGGGAACGUGGCAGCCAACGCAGAGGAUGAGGGUGAGUCAGAAGCUGGUUGGAUUGAGGGUGCUGCCAUCCUGCUCUCGGUGAUCUGUGUAGUGUUGGUCACAGCCUUCAAUGACUGGAGUAAGGAGAAGCAGUUCCGAGGUCUGCAGAGCCGCAUAGAGCAGGAGCAGAAGUUUGCCGUCAUCCGCAAUGGGCAGCAGGUCCAGAUCCCUGUGGCUGAACUGGUUGCCGGGGACAUUGCUCAAAUCAAAUAUGGUGACUUGCUUCCUGCAGAUGGGGUGCUUAUCCAGGGGAACGAUCUCAAGAUUGAUGAGAGCUCCUUGACGGGGGAGUCAGAUCACGUGCGCAAAUCAGUGGAAAAGGAUCCCAUGCUGCUGUCAGGCACCCACGUCAUGGAAGGCUCUGGGCGAAUGGUUGUUACAGCCGUUGGGGUCAACUCACAGACUGGGAUUAUCUUCACUUUGCUGGGUGCUGGUGGAGAAGAGGAGGAAAAGAAAGACAAAAAAGACGCUAAUGCAGAGACUUCCAAAACUGAGAACAAGGGGGGAAAGCAGCAGGAUGGGGCAGUGGAGAAUAAUCAGAACAAAGCCAAAAAGCAGGAUGGGGCAGUUGCCAUGGAGAUGCAACCCCUGAAAAGUGCAGAGGGUGGCGAGAUGGAAGAGCGAGAGAAGAAGAAAGCCAGUGUGCCCAAAAAAGAGAAAUCUGUCCUGCAAGGGAAGCUCACCAAACUGGCUGUGCAGAUCGGGAAAGCAGGGCUGGUGAUGUCAGCCAUCACUGUCAUCAUCCUGGUUCUGUAUUUUGUUAUUGAGACAUUUGUAAUCGAUGGGAAGGUAUGGUUGGCUGAGUGCACCCCUGUCUAUGUGCAAUACUUUGUCAAGUUCUUCAUUAUUGGUGUCACUGUCCUGGUCGUGGCCGUCCCUGAAGGCCUCCCAUUGGCCGUCACUAUCUCCUUAGCCUAUUCUGUGAAGAAAAUGAUGAAGGACAAUAAUCUGGUUCGACACCUGGAUGCCUGUGAGACCAUGGGCAAUGCCACCGCCAUCUGCUCUGACAAGACGGGCACCUUGACCACCAAUCGCAUGACCGUUGUGCAGUCCUACAUGGGUGACACUCACUACAAGGAGACCCCUGACCCCAGCAACCUUACACCCAAGAAUCUGGAUCUGCUUGUGCACGCCAUCGCCAUCAACAGUGCCUACACCACCAAGAUACUACCUCCAGAGAAAGAAGGGGGCUUGCCACGCCAGGUCGGCAACAAGACGGAGUGUUCACUGCUGGGCUUUGUGCUUGACCUGCGGCGUGACUACCAGCCUGUGCGUGAACAGAUCCCUGAGGAGAAGCUCUACAAGGUUUACACCUUUAAUUCUGUCCGCAAAUCCAUGAGCACCGUCAUCUGCAUGCCUGAUGGCGGCUACCGCCUCUUCAGCAAAGGCGCUUCUGAAAUUGUCCUUAAAAAGUGCACAAACAUUCUCAACAAUAAUGGGGAGCUGCGCACCUUCCGGCCCCGUGACCGAGAUGAAAUGGUGAAGAAGGUGAUAGAGCCCAUGGCAUGUGAUGGACUGAGGACUAUCUGCAUAGCCUACCGCGAUUUCCCAGCAGGGAAGGAGCCCGAAUGGGACAGUGAGAACGAUAUUGUAAUAGACUUGACGUGCAUUGCUGUGGUGGGAAUUGAGGAUCCCGUGCGGCCUGAGGUGCCAGAUGCCAUUCGCAAAUGCCAACGUGCCGGCAUCACAGUUCGCAUGGUGACAGGAGACAACAUAAACACAGCCCGGGCCAUUGCCGCCAAGUGUGGCAUAAUCCAGCCAGGGGAGGACUUCUUGUGCCUAGAAGGAAAGGAGUUCAACCGGCGGAUCCGCAAUGAAAAGGGAGAGAUAGAACAAGAACGCCUUGAUAAAAUCUGGCCAAAACUGAGGGUUCUGGCUCGAUCGUCACCCACCGACAAACACACCUUGGUGAAAGGCAUAAUCGACAGCACUAUCGGGGACCAGCGCCAGGUGGUUGCUGUCACUGGUGAUGGGACGAAUGAUGGACCAGCACUCAAGAAGGCCGAUGUGGGUUUUGCCAUGGGCAUAGCAGGCACUGAUGUGGCAAAGGAGGCCUCUGACAUCAUCUUGACUGACGACAACUUCUCCAGCAUUGUGAAGGCAGUGAUGUGGGGGCGCAACGUUUAUGACAGCAUAUCCAAAUUCCUGCAGUUCCAGCUCACAGUCAAUGUGGUGGCAGUCAUUGUGGCCUUCACUGGCGCCUGCAUCACACAGGACUCACCGCUCAAAGCAGUGCAGAUGCUGUGGGUUAACCUGAUUAUGGACACUUUUGCUUCCCUGGCUCUGGCCACUGAGCCCCCGACGGAGGCCCUGCUGCUGCGCAAGCCGUACGGACGGAACAAACCCCUCAUUUCCCGCACCAUGAUGAAGAAUAUUUUGGGCCAUGCUGUCUACCAGCUUGUUAUCAUCUUCACCCUCCUCUUUGUGGGUGAGGUUUUCUUUGACAUUGACAGCGGCCGCAAUGCGCCCCUGCACUCCCCGCCCUCAGAGCAUUACACCAUCAUCUUCAACACCUUUGUCAUGAUGCAACUCUUCAAUGAGAUCAACGCCCGCAAAAUUCACGGCGAGCGCAAUGUCUUUGAUGGCAUUUUUGGCAACCCCAUUUUCUGCAGUAUUGUGCUGGGAACCUUUGGCAUACAGAUCGUCAUUGUGCAGUUUGGGGGGAAACCGUUCAGCUGUUCGCCGCUGAAUGCGCAGCAAUGGCUCUGGUGUCUCUUUGUGGGCUUUGGGGAGCUUGUCUGGGGACAGGUCAUUGCCACCAUCCCCACCAGCCACCUGAAAUGCUUGAAGGAGGCAGGGCAUGGCACCGGGAAGGAUGACAUCACUGAUGAGGAAAUGGCGGAGGAUGAGGAGGAAAUUGACCAUGCUGAGCGGGAACUCCGUCGUGGCCAGAUACUUUGGUUCCGUGGCCUCAACCGUAUCCAGACCCAGAUCCGCGUAGUGAAAGCGUUCCGUAGUUCCCUCUACGAAGGGCUGGAGAAGCCAGAUACGAAGACCUCCAUCCAUAACUUCAUGACAACGCCCGAGUUCUUGAUCAACGACUACAUCCACAACAUCCCCCUCAUUGAUGAUACAGACGUGGAGGAGAGCGAGGGUCCCCCGAGACGGCGCUUCCGGGCCAGUCCCCCACCAUCCCCCAACAAGAACAACAACGCCAUUGACAGCGGCAUCUACCUAAGCACGGAUGCCAGCAAGACACCUACCUCCUCGUCCAGCCCUGUUAGCCCGCUCCACAGCAUGGAAACUUCCCUCUAACACAACCCCACCAUGCAACCAGUCAAAAUGACUUUGUGCACAGCAGGGGUGCUCAGUUCCUCCUGGGAGACAAGGACUAGCUGAGUGAGUCAGGAAAGAAAGCGGGCAGGAGAUGGCGUUUCUCCUCUUGACACUGGAGGUUUUUUCUCUUAACGGGGUGGAAAUGGACACGGUUUCUGCCACUGGUUGGCUCAGGCAAAUGAAGACGAGAAACUGAAUGGAUGCAAUGAAAAGCGAUAGACAAACUGUGAAGGGGGAGAAAAGUUUUCUUCAGAAUCACCCAUGAGGGGUUUGUGGCUGAGUCCCGGAGGGUGUACAGGAAAAAAAACAACCACCCAUUUCUCUAGUCUGUUCUUCGUUUCUCUUUGGACACAAAACACACUCACCGAACCCACGAUAACCCCCCGUUUGGGGGUUGCUUUGAUUUAUUUCUGGGACCUCUUUUCAGGUUUCCCCUCCCCCCCAAAAAAAAGUUUAAAAAAGGAACUAUAUUUGCACCGGAAAAAGAACAAAAAAAAAAGGAAAAAGGAAAAAAGAGGAAUAAUCUAGACAUCUAUUAUCCUAAAUAUAUAUAUAUGAUACCAACCAACAGAUGUAUUAACGGACCUUCUGACCAUAACGCAUGCCUGUUAUCAAACCCUCUUUUCUCCUUUCCCCUCUCCCCCAAGGGAAUUUCAGCCUGGGGCAAAUCUGUUUUUGUUUUGUUUUUUUUAAAAAAAGAUCAUUGCUUGCUGUAGCUUGUAUUUUAUAUCAGGGUUUGCCGGGGAAAGAACACUGAUUAUUUCCUCUUGGGAGUGGGAAUUGACUGUGGGGCAGUUGCUGAGUACAGUAACAGAAGCCCUGAUGGGCUGGGUCUUGCACAGAUGCAGAGUGGCGGAAAUUAAGAGUCUAGUUGCACUGGCAAAAAUUUGGGCCUUUUCAGGCAGUUAUCCAGAAACUGACCCAAAGCAGGCCUCCCUGAAAUGGUGUACUGCCCACCAAGCCCCCUCCCUGGAAGUACUCUCAAUCCAAAUGCUUCCUAAAGCUGGUAAUUUUGACCAGCUUCCAAUAAAUAUCUGAGCAAAAGAGACUGUUUAGAAGGGGGAGAAAGAUAAAGAUGGAACUACUUUUUUUUAAUCUACUAAGAAAGAAAGCAACCACUUUCUUGAUAUUUGAAAUUUCUCAUUCAAAGCAUUGAUCAGACUGGCAAAGAAGUUGUAUUUCUGAUAAUCUUAUAUUUUGUGCCCAAAAUGAAGGAAUAGGUUUCUAGCCCUCAUGGUUGUGGAAAGACAUUUGAAAGCAUGCAGGCUUAGCAGCCAGCAGUUAAUGACUACUCAUCGAGCAGUUCUGGCUUCCACUCAUUUUUACUUAAUAAUGCUGAUUUAUAUUCAGUUUUAUUCCAGAGUUUAGUCAUGUUAUAAUGCUUUUCCUUUUACACUGGUUUCAAGGACUGCAUAUCUCCAGACCCAAUGACAGUACCUGCAAAUGCUGGGCUGGGAGAAACAAGGUUAUUAAGAGAAUUCCACUUUUCCUUAAGGAGACUUCAUGCAUUUCCAUUCACUAUUUUUUCCUUCACACAGUUGUGUACCAUGGGAGCCACGAACCCACAAAUUCAGCCUCUGCAAUCCCCACAAUCAGAGAAGAUCCCAAAGGUACCAUGGCAGCGAGGACUGGGGUGCCCUUAGGAGUGACAAGGUGGGA